CAGCUGAAGCGAGAGGGCGUGGAGGGGGAUGCCACCACUGUGGAGACAGCCAUCCGCACCUGCGGCCGUGCAGAGCAGUGGGAACAUGCAUUGAAUUUGUUAGCACGGAUCUCUGAAUUCGCUGUGGAAAAGACGCUCUUCGCUUUCAAUGCCGCUAUCGGGGCUUGCGAAAAUGCUGCAGAAUGGACGCAAGCCCUGACCUUGCUGGUGCAGCUGCAGGAGGAGAAUUUGCAGGGGGAUGUCUUCACACACAGCGCUGUGAUCAGUGCCUGUGGGCAAGGACAUCAGUGGCAAGUGACUUUUCCCCUUCUGAAGCAGUUGGAGGACUCCAGUCUUGAGGCAGACGUUGUGACCCUGAGCUCAGCCGUCGGUGCAUGUGCUCCAGCAAUGCACUGGGAGGCUGCUGUUGCGCUGCUGGCACAUGCUCUCAGUCGUCAGCUCACGGGGGAUGUCAUCACCUUCGCAUUUCUGAAUCUGAGUCUGCAAGUAGUAGGGAAUGUGAGGAACUUGCUAUAG